AUGGAGAAUAUACUUAAGGAGUUCAUCCUAGAUCAGAGUCUCUUCAACUCAGAAGGAAAUCUGUACAUAGGCAGAAUUCAAAAUCAGAAGGCAAUACUUGUAUUCCCAAAGCAAUCAUUCCCAGGGGAUGCCUUGGCCCAUCUCCUGUCCCUUCCGAUGGAGAACACCCAAUCAAACGAUGUAUAUCACUCGUACAGAGUCUUGAGUCCCACUCAUAUCCAUUUCAGGGUUGUAUAUCCGGCAACCGAGGAGCAUAUCAAGAAGUACUCUUCAAAGCUUGUUUAUGUCCGAGAAACCUAUGAGGAAUACCUGGACUUUGUGAAUAACCAUAGGCACAUAAGUGCUAACUGGAUGGAUAACAUCAUCAUGCAAGACAAAAGAGACACAAACGAAAAAAUCUUAUACGAAGACGAAGAAAUAAUGAUUAUUCCCGACUAUAAAUGGAACUGCCAUGACAUAGACUCUCUUCAUCUUCUAGUGAUAUUCAAAGAUUCCAAUCUCAGGACGGUCAGAGACAUAGGCAGCUACGACCUUCUAAUCAAGGCACAGGAAGAAGCAUCCAGCAUCUUAACAUCUAUGUUCUCUUUGGAUCCAAGCUACACUUUUAUGUUCUUUCACUAUAGACCGACAUACCUCAGGCUGCAUCUUCAUGUCAUAAACAUAAAGAUUGCACACGAGGGAACUGCCUCAUCCAUAAGAUCGAUCCCGCUGCAUGACGUUAUGCACAACAUACGCAUAGACCCAGAUUACUACAAGAAAGACAUGUUUGUGCUUCAGUUCGAGUAA